GCCAUUUCUCUUUUAGCAUGUCUCUUAUUAGUUAUAUUUUUAUAAUUCCAUGGAUUAUUGUAAAUUUAGUAGGCAACGUUUCCAUUUACCAUCGCUAGAUGUCAAUAUUGCGUCAUCGAUCCUGAAUCAGUAACUAACCUUUUAUUUUCUGUCACCGUAAAAUGAAAUACAAAAAUGCUUACAUCAUACAGUUUUAUGUAAUACAGACCCUCGUGUAAAAAUUUCUUUAUAAUGAUUUUGAGUUAGAAAGGCGCAGACAUCUACAGGUUUGUAGAAACGGUAUGGCAAAAUACUUUUAAGUUACAAAUGCUCACAAUUGCGGUACACUUUUUGUCAUAAACUUCUGCCUCCCAAUGUCAGCCCUUUGACGUAUCUUGUGCUGUUAAAUCCGGUGUAGUUUUUCAUAGAGACCUUAUCAUCCCUUAAUUGCGACACUGUUAAAUAAAGGGGAAAGCCAAGUACAGAAAUAAAUCGCAUUUCCGUCUUUGAAAGGUCCCGACACGCCAGAGUACUGUGCGCGAAUCGAUAGUUCAGGCCUUGUAAAUUUAACGCAACGACCUCCUAUUGGCUGAGCUUUCCUCUCUCUAGUCUUGUGGAAUCCAAUUCAGCACCUACCAGUUGACAGUGGCAGAAGUAGACUACUUCUCAAACCGGGUAGCACAGCCACCUGGGCCGAAUUCGGAAACCGCCUACCUAUUCUGCAAGUUUUGGCGUAUUAUAUCAGAGGGGCUGUCGCUUAGAGUGAGUUUCGUUCACUUGGACUUUUUGAAGCUGUGCUUCUUUUUUGUUUUCAGUACAGCUGGAGCGUCAUGCGUCUCUUUUGGAAUGUCUAACCUGAGAUAACAACAGUGUGGAACUCAUCGGGGUCUGGCUAUCAGGUCACCGCUGGCUACGAUUGGAUACACUCACCAAUAUCCUGUCUCGGAACCGGACCCAGACCGAUAGCGCUUCAACAUGCCGGACCAAGUCUCCGUCGUGGAGUUUAUGGACAUAACCAAUGAGGAUUAUAAAACCCCCACAACCUCUAUUUUCACCACGCGAAUGACACACUGUCGGAACACUGUGACCGUUUUAGAAGAGGCAUUGGAUGUGGACCGAGGUGUGCUGCAUAAGAUCAAGAAGUCAGUCAAGUCCAUAAGCAGCUCUGGCCUGGCACACGUGGAUAAUGAGGAGCAGUACAUCCAGUCGCUGGAGAAAUUUGGGGAGAACUGCGUGUACAGAGACGACCCAGAGGUUGGGUCGGCCUUUCUGAAGUUCGCCGUGUUCACAAAAGAACUCACUGCCCUCUUCAAAAACCUGUUGCAGAAUAUGAACAACAUCAUCACCUUCCCCUUGGACAGUCUGCUUAAGGGAGAUCUUAAAGGCGUUAAGGGGGACUUGAAAAAGCCUUUCGAUAAAGCCUGGAAGGACUACGAUACCAAAGUGAACAAAAUUGAAAAGGAGAAACGUGAGCAUGCGAAGCAGCAUGGGAUGAUCCGUACGGAGUUCAGUGGAGGAGAGAUUGCCGAAGAGAUGGAGAAGGAGAGACGCCUUUUCCAGUUGCAGAUGUGUGAGUAUCUUCUCAAAGUCAAUGAAAUCAAAGUCAAGAAAGGCGUGGAUCUUCUCCAGAACCUCAUCAAAUAUUUCCAUGCUCAGUGCAACUUCUUCCAGGACGGUCUGAAGGUGGUGGAGAACCUCAAACCUGCCAUGGAGAAGCUGUCAACAGACCUUGCAGCAAUCAAGCAGAGCCAAGAUGGUGAGAGGAAGCAGUUGACACAGCUCCGGGAUGUACUGAAGUCCUCCUUACAGUCUGAACCAAAAGAUGAUGCCCAAUCCAAACAAAAUGCUGGCUACAGUCUUCAUCAGCUCCAGGGGAACAAGGCCCAUGGGACUGAACGUUGUGGAAUGCUCUCCAAGAGAAGUGAAGGUCUGCGAAGGGUCUGGCAGAAGAGGAAAUGUUCUGUGCGAAACGGGUUCCUCACCAUAUCUCACGGAACGGCAAACAGACCACCAGCUAAACUGAACCUGCUGACCUGUCAAGUGAAGCACAACCCAGAUGAGAAGAGGAGCUUUGACCUGAUCUCACAUGACCGGACGUAUCACUUCCAGGCAGAAGAUGAGGGAGAGUGCCAGAUUUGGAUCUCAGUGCUUCAGAACAGUAAGGAGGAGGCUUUGAACAACGCCUUUAAAGGCGACCCAGAGGAGAGUGGCGAGAACAACAUUGUCCAAGAGCUGACCCGCGCCAUUGUGGAGGAGGUCAAAAGGAUGAGCGGUAACGAUGAGUGCUGUGACUGCGGAGCACCUGAUCCCACCUGGCUCUCAACCAACCUGGGAGUGUUGAUCUGCAUUGAAUGUUCUGGAAUCCACCGGGAAAUGGGGGUCCACUACUCCAGAAUCCAGUCUUUGACAUUAGACGUCCUUGGAACCUCAGAACUCUUGCUAGCUAAGAAUAUUGGGAAUGCAGUCUUCAAUGAGGUCAUGGAGGCUAAUCUGUCAGCAGAGGAUGUGUCUAAACCCAACCCCUCCAGUGACAUGCUGACACGGAAAGACUACAUCACGGCCAAGUACACAGAGAAGCGUUUCGCACAGCGUAAAUACGGAGACACCAGCGCCAGACAGCACGCCCUGCGGGAGGCGGUGAAGAGCCGGGACAUCUUGACCCUGCUGCAGGUCUUCGCUGAGGGAGUGGACCUGAUGGAGUAUAUCCCUCCUGGCCAACAUGAACAUGAGCCUGGGGAGACAGCACUGCACCUGGCUGUGAGGAUGGUGGACAGGAACUCCCUCCAUAUCGUGGACUUCCUAGCACAAAACAGUGGGAACCUGGACAAGCAGACGGCCAAAGGGAGCACAGCUCUGCACUACUGCUGCCUGACGGACAACAGUGAAUGUCUGAAACUGCUGCUAAGGGGGAAAGCUUCUGUUACUACAGCCAAUGAAGCAGGGGAGACUGCACUGGAACUGGCCAGACGUCUCAGACACACUCAGUGUGAAGAGCUGCUGACACAGGUGCAGACGGGCAAGUUUAACGUCCACGUGCACGUGGAGUACGAGUGGAGGCUACACAACAACGACCUGGACGAGAGCGACGAGGAGAUGGAGGAGAAGCCCAUCCCUCAUGGCCGGCGUGAGGAACGGCCCGUCAGCUGUUUUGUUCCUGGCAGCGGCCCCAUGCAGCCCAACAUGACCUCCCUGGCCCGCGAUGCCGCUUCCCUGGUGGCCAGCAGGGAGCGCCAGCGAGGCUUCAUCCCCAGCAUGGUCUCCAACGAGACCUACGGCACCAUGCUGGACCAGGCCUCUUCCCCGCCCGCAGCUCCUAGUCUGCCAGCCCCAGUACCCCCACUCCCACCACGCAACCCUGGCAAAGCUACAGGUUGGAAGUCCAGCAUGGAGACCGCAGGGAGACAGAGGUCUUCAUCUGAUCCAUACAACCCAGAGACAUACAUCCCCAUGAAUGUUGUUCCUCCACCUGCCCCACCUGCUCCGCCUCCUCCUGUCUUUAAGAAAACAGCUACGUUGGACUCCAAGGGCAAAACCGCCCCUGUAUCUCCUGUUUCAAUACCCCCACCGCUUCCCCAUGGGGCUCCGAGACUUCCACUGCCCUCUGCGCCUACUCUGCCCCCAGCUCCCCCCUUCAAACCCACCCCACCCCCUCCACCUCCACACCACGCCAACCGGGCAAAAGCACCCAAAUCACCCAGCGGCAAUUUGGAUGCCAGGGUCACCAAAGGGUCAACCAGGCGCCCCUUACCUUUAGACAAACGAGCUAAGGACCCCCAGAAGGACAUCCCAGCUCUUCCAUCCAGUCCAGAGCCCGUACCUUCCUCUCCCCCCACCCCAAAACCCAGGACAGUCCAUACAGCAGUCCAAGAGAGAACCUUUCCAGAUGUGGCAGAAGCAGGGAAACAAAAGCUGCGGAGAGUGAAGGCCAUCUACAACUGCAAUGCCGAUAACCCUGACGAGCUCACCUUCAGUGAGGGAGAGGUGAUCGUGGUGAAUGGAGAAGAGGACCAGGAGUGGUGGGUCGGCCAUAUCGAGGGAGACCCGAGCCGCACAGGAGCGUUCCCCGUCACGUUCGUCCACUUCAUCUCUGAGUGAUCACCUCACAGUAGGCCUAUGAGUGUCAUAGGAUUAUAAGCAGCCUAUGUGUGGGUGUGAAGCAUGAGGGAGAGAGAGAAUAAGAGGACGAGACAGAAAACAAGAUAAAGAGAGGGAUGUGCAAGUCACCGUUAUUUUAUCAGAGCAAAGAUGAACAUCUACUCCCUAUAAGAAUUGCCAUCUUACAAAGAUCAUUCUACUUCAUACAAAAACCUGGGCUGUUGUCGAAUAUAGUAUAUAUAUUUUUUUUAAAGUCCUAUGUCCUCUCCUAACCACUUCUCAUUGACCUCGAUGGAAAACGUCAUCAAGUCAAGGCAAGAUGUUAAGGAGAAUUCAUAAGAACUUGGGAGAAGACCACCGCGGUACUAAGAGGAUCUGAUUGACUUACCCUAGGCUUCGCAAUUAUGCAACAGCAGAUGUUAUUGACUUGUUGUUGAUAGUUUGUUGUUGCUGCUGUACAAAAUUGUGGGACAUCAUUAUCUCCUUCCCUUUCGUAAAGGAUGGUCCAGUGCACCCUGUGCUAAAGGACAUAAGAAAGGAAGCACUGAAGCACCUUCAGCCUUUAAAGAAUUCGACCAGCUCUGAUCAUGGCUCCCUCUUAGAUACUUAUGGGGCAUUUCACUCAGUUAGGAACCUUCCUAAGAAAAGACUAUUCGACCACAGCCCUGUUCUCCUGAAAGUCUAUUAUCUAUGUGCAUUUGUUGAGGCGGUCACCAUGUUACAGUCGGAGAGAUAGAGAUGUAUGCAACAUUGACACAUGCGGACUAAUGCAAAAUGAACAUGAGCAUUAAUACUGUAAAGGUACCAGUAAAUACUACAUCCUGUAGACGGUCAUGUUUCGACACAUUUUUUAUCAGUUCCUGAGAAUCAGAUGAUGAGCAAGGGCAGCAUCUGUAAAUCAGUGAAGACAGGCAUUGUGGACUGUAGGCUGACCAUGAAAAUCUGCAGUGAAAUUUCGUUGUCAUGCAAACACAGGUUAACAUGUGUGACAGGUCUUGCUUAUUCCUUUAUUUGUAACUGAUAUUAACAUUGUGUUUCUCUGUUUGCAACAUAUAUCUUAGAAUUGUUAAAUAUAAAUUUGUGGAUAUUUUUGACCAAAGUUGCAGAGCAACUAUAGUAUUUGUAUAUUAUUGUUGCCUUAGAAACUGUAUCUAAAAAAAAAAGUUUUCUUUUUUAAUCACCUGUAUUCUUCUAUAGAAAUAGGAUAAUUAAACUCAUUCAUUUAAGUAAGCAUGACCUCUGACUGAAUGUCAUCUGGAAAUUUCCUACAGCUCCAAAUACACCAGUAGAGGCAAGAUCACAGGUUCCCUUGAUGGAAGUACAAACCUUUGCCUUGGUAGCACAUGUUCAGUGUAUAUAAUAAACUAUAGUAUACAGUUUACUGUAUGACUGUU